UCCUGCACGAGGGCAGCCUGGAUCCUUGGAGUGAAGCACAAUUUAGGGGACUACAUGACAGAAAAAGAACAGAAUCUCGCGGACACAUUCGUUUUUGUUCAAUAAUCGUUUUGAUUAUACAAUCGUUGUCCCGAGUGACCUAAGAAACCCCCGGAUGAAAGACUGUUGCCAGGAUGGCCGGAGUGUUCGACAUAGACUUGGAGACUGAGGACGUCAGUGAUACAGAGGAGGAUUUUUAUGAUGACUCCGUAACAGAGCCGGACAAUGUACAGAAAGAAGAAGUGGAGCUGACCAGUGAAUGUGUCAAUAGAGACAGUGAGAAAGUUGGACCUGAUUUCUUUGAGCUUCUCACUGUGCUUGGAAAAGGAGCCUAUGGCAAGGUUUUUCAGGUGAGGAAGGUUCAGGGUGCCAUGUCAGGAAAAAUAUUUGCCAUGAAGGUUCUCAGAAAGGCCAAAAUUGUGUGCAAUGCUAAAGACACUGCCCAUACGCGAGCAGAGAGGGAGAUCCUCGAGACAGUGAGACAUCCUUUCAUUGUGGAUCUCCUCUACGCCUUCCAGACGGGUGGUAAACUCUACCUGAUACUGGAGUAUUUAAGUGGAGGAGAGCUGUUCAUGCAAUUGGAGAAGGAAGGCAUCUUCAUGGAGGACACCGCUUGUUUUUAUCUAGGAGAGAUCAUACUGGCUCUUGGUCAUCUCCACUCUAAUGGAAUUAUUUACAGAGACCUCAAACCUGAGAACAUCAUGCUUAAUCACCAAGGACACAUCAAGCUAACUGACUUUGGCCUCUGUAAGGAAUCAAUUCACGAUGGAAGCGUCACACACACAUUCUGCGGCACCAUAGAGUACAUGGCCCCUGAGAUUCUGACAAGGUCAGGCCAUAACAGAGCAGUAGACUGGUGGAGUCUUGGGGCCCUGAUGUACGACAUGAUGACUGGAUCGCCACCGUUCACAGCGGAAAACAGAAAAAAGACCAUUGAUAAGAUCUUAAAAUGUAAACUUAAUCUGCCUCAGUAUCUGACCAUCGAUGCCAAGGAUCUCAUCAAGAAGCUUUUGAAGAAGAAUCCAACCCAAAGGCUUGGCUCCAGUAAAGCAGACUGUGCUGAUAUCAAAGGACACCCAUUCUUCAAGCAAAUCAACUGGGGUGACCUGGUGAAUAAGAGAGUUGAGCCACCAUACAAGCCACAGCUGCAGUCAGAUGAAGAUGUGAGCCAGUUUGACACAAGGUUUACCAGACAGACACCAGUGGACAGUCCAGAUGAUACAUCACUUGGCCAGAGUGAAGAGCUCACCUUUGCUGGUUUCACCUAUGUGGCUCCUUCAGUCCUGGACAGUUUAAAGGAAGGUUUCUCCUUUGAACCCCGAAUGCGACCUGUUCGACGACACAACAUUAGCCCACGGACACCCAACAGUCCUCUCAAAUUUUCCCCUGCUGGGCCUUUCAAGUCAAAUAUUGAUGGAGAACCAGGACUUUUUACUCCCACAUCUCCGCCAAUAGUUUCAUCCCCUGUGCCACUGGAGAACGGAUCUGCCAGUAUGCCGAUCAAGACCCCUGCUCGUAAAAAUAAGGAGAAAGGAUGCCGGAGAUGAGGAGGAGCUUAAGCAUGCCCUCACUGCCAGCCCUGGUCAGGUUAACGUUUUCAGUUAUCUAGAGGGGGGUUUGGGUACAGAGUGGUGUUUUUGUUUGUUUGUUUUGCUUUCCUUUUUUUGUCUUAAAGAAUUCGUGGAAUGAUGCAUACAAUUUGCUUUCAUUUUAUCAGUAGGGAUACUGAUAUUCAUGGUAGCACAGGAACGACGACCGUUAAACAACCAGCAUGAGCUGAAAAGGUUGUAAAACUGAUUGAUUGGUAAUAGUGUUUGAUUUCUUAAACUUUUUGGUUGAGUGAAACAUAUAUAUAUUUGUUUUAUUUAGUUGAUAAAAAAAGAUGAAGAUACUAUAUCACAGGCUGACAAUUGGCAAAUGGAUGUAGCAUGUGAAAUUGUUUCUAAUAUGCGCAUGCAAAAUGAGACAAUCACAUGUAUAACCUGAUUAUAUAGCAUAGAAUAAUAUAGAAAAUGGUUUGAUGUAUGAACGGAUGUGGUUUGUUAAUGUAACAAAGCAUUUUUACAAAUGCGGAUAUCAUUCAUUGACUAUCACAAAAAAAACAAAACAAGAAAACACAUUUUUAAUUUGUACCUUAACCAUUGACCCCUGCUCAAGUGCUACACAAUAAAGAGACUUGUACUCAAGAUGCAUGAUAAUCAGUUGUUACCAGCAACAAGUUUGUGCGCUUCACUUCAAGGUAUUUGUAAUACAUGAUAUAUGAUGAUGAUGACAUGAUAUAAGACGUGUUUUUUUUUUUCUUCUUCUUAAUUAUAAAUGUCGCUCCCUAGUUCCUACAGUGUUAUCAUAAACUAUAGAUCUGGAUAUCUGGUGUUGCACAGUGGUCUGCAGUUAUAUUUAUCUAAACUAAGUUAAAGAAUUAUAUAUAUAUAUAUAUAUAUGGUGCUGUGAGAGCCUAGUGUGCAACUCUUUAAUCAAUGUACAUUGUACAGAACACGUUCGGAAAUUAAUUACAAUUGUAUUCAUAAUAAAACUAAUAUUUUGUGGAUUUACAAAUGAUUUGGUGAUUUGCUGAAUUUUCUUGUCAUAUCACUGACUAGUGAAUAAAAACAAUUGCUACA